CACGGCGGCGCUCCAAUCAUGAGAGAAUGACCUAGUCUACAAAAGACAGUUAUACUUGUGAGCGUAUAUUAAUAAAUGCUCUAAAGUAGCAUUAUCAACUGAUAAUUACGCUGGAAAGUUUCGCCACUGCUUCCACAGGUUAUGCCAUAGGCAACCAUGCAUGACGUUAUAUUUCGUGGAGACACGCCCAAUAAUUUAGGGGCAUUCAGAAGAUAACGGAGCUGAAAGUGUUCCCCUCCCAUAAUAGACUUCUCUACAAGCUGACGUUAAUGGGUUUUUGGAAAGAGUUCAUUUUUGCCAGAGGUUUGAAUUUUGGUUGAAAGAAGAAAAGGAACGCGUCGCUAUGGAUAAAUUCAAGGUUGUGAUGAAUUUAGUCCAAAAACGGCAAACGACCCUUGGAUUGGGCCUGAUACCGUUACUAACGGCGGGUGCGGAGCAUGUUUUUUCAACCUUUGCCUUCAAGUGUCCAUGCAGCGAGUGGAGCUUUCUGUAUGGGACGGUGUCUCUUCUUGUGCCGGCCGCGGCUCUGCUUAUACUUGGGUACAUGCUAAGCAAUAAAACGUGGAAACUGUUCACGGGCUUGUGUCUGAAUAAGUCUAAACUUUUUCGUUUCAAAUCCAUGUGCGGCUGCCUAUGUGUUUUUCUUCAGAUCACAAUGACCGCUAUGGUGGCACCUGUCUCCUGGAUCGCAAUAGCACUUCUUAACGGCGUUUAUUUUGAAUGUAUUAUUACGGGCUCUAAUGUCACUCAUCUGAAGAGCUACCUGUGUCAUGGGAGAUCGGACUCCUGCCAGACCGAGCUCCACAAGUUGCCCUGUGAUAAAACUGCAGCGGACAGAGACGCUAUCCUUACAACCAUACGCGCACAGUCUCAGGUCGUGGGCUGGCUGGUGAUAGCCUCUAUCAUGCUCUCCUCUCUGCUGCUCACCUGUGUGGCCAGGUGCCACUCCCCAGUGAGCUACCUCCAGCUCAAGUUCUGGAAGGCGUACUCUCAGAAGGAAAGCAACUUUUUCGACAGCUACGCCACCGAGCACGCCAAGAAGCUUGCCGAGAGGAACAUCAAGAGCUUCUUUGAGAUGAGAACACCGGAGUCUCAAGCGACCCCUCCAAGGUACGCGUGGGAAAAGAUCUCCAGGUUCUACAAGUUCGGGACCAUGGAUAAGUAUUACAGCACGGUACACAAGUAUGUGGAGACGUGCAAGAACCCUGAGAACCCUAUUAGAGUCCUUUCGACUAAAUCAGGUGACAUCUCUAACCCAGCAGCCCUGGACUUUGUGAACGAAGGCACAAUGAUGCUGUGAGAUUAAGGUCAUGAGGUCAUUUGGUUGGAAAUGUUUUCAACUGCACAGCAUUUCCAUUUUUAUGAUGUUUUGAAAAAUAUUUGAAGACUUUUAGAAGAAGUGAAUGUUUUUGUACUUAUUUAAUAUAUGAUGACGUUUUGUGUGCUUAAAACUGAUAUUUAGAUUAUGGAGUGUAUAACCAUUGUGGUGUUAUAUUGUUUCUCAAAUAAGAAGCACAAGUAUACUGAGCUUUUGCUAAUGAUUAAUAUAAAGUUUACAAAGGUUCAGUUUACAAUCCUUGGUUUAUUAUUUGCCUUAUGUCCUUCAAUAGGAGAUAUAUUUUACAGCAUAAACCUUUCAUUGUUCUAUCUGCUUCCUUAUUUGUAAUGAAAAAGUCGUCACAGAAGCUUUUGCAAACAUGAAGAUACAUUCAGCGAGCAGAUAUAUUUACCAGUGUUUUGAAUGAGCGUUUUUCUCUGUGGUCAGCUCUCUCAGUUUCAGUUCUAUCUAACAUCCUGUGUGUGUACAUGGGAAAGGAAAUCACAUGCAAAGCCAUUAGGUGGAGAAUUGUGCCUGAUGAAUCACAAUAAAUGCCUGGCCAGUGAAAGAUUUACGUAUCAAGGAUAAGGAACAUAAGGAUCAUAACAUCUUAUCUUAUGUUAUCUUAUCGGUGCUACUUUUGUUUAAAUAAAUCCAAGCAGUUCACUAAUGUUCACUAAUGAUACUGCUUAUAUAUGCAACUACUUCCAGAUGCUGUGCAAAGUCUGCCCAUUGGUCUGUUUAGAGCACUUCAGCAUGACAAGGUCUUCAGAUGCAUUAGUGAGGAGAAAUAGCAAAUCUUUUAGAUUUAGCCCACAAGCCCCCACAAGGAAAUGAAAGUGUGGUGUUUUCAACCACUUCCUCUAUCCAUAAUGUCACGUAUAUGCUUAGUCUUUUGGGUUUUGACAGUUGUGCACAGGAUUGCUUAAGAUGUGGCAAAGGUGGAGGAUGAUCUGAAAAAAAGCCUGUGUCUGCUACCGGUUUCAUCAGAUUGUUGUGAAAUAUUUUGAAUUCCUUGGCGUUAUGACUGAAUCUGCAUUAUUCUCUAGUUCCCCCCACCCCUUUGUCUCCCCCUUGUGUAGCUAAAUCACCAAAGUGUGCUCAUCUGACUAACAGAGGUUAUAGCAGAGGUUUUAAGGGAUUCAUUUAAGACAGUGACAGAUAGAUAACAGUGACAUGACAACAACAAUAACCUAAUCUCUCUAACCUUGUAGAACAAAAUAGUAACAGAUGUGUGUGUGUUUGUGUGUGUGUGUGUGUGUGUGUGUGUGUGUGUGUGUGUGUGUGUGUGUGUGUGUGUGUGUGUGUGUGUGUGUGAAUGUGAAAGUGAAGCAAACAGUGGAAUAAAGCACAAUUUUGACAAAUAA